ACGUAUACUUUAGUCACGUCACACAAAUAAACAAAACUUACAAUACAAUACAAAUCCCUACAUCGUUCAGGCCUUUCACACAAUGGUACAAUACACGCUAUUCCUGGACCGUUUGCGCCAAGAGGAAAUCGACAAAUUCUACGAAGCUUGCCAAAUGCACAGAGAUUUCUACCGCGGCUUGCCUCAAGCACACCAUCCUUUGGACUUCUUCAGGGAGCCAGCGUACGCCUUCCAGUGUCCUCCAGAAAUGUCCCACGUGUACCUGGGAUACCCUGCCUACCAUGUGAAGUACAAGGCACCCCCUACUCUCCCUCCGCCGGUAGGCAGGGUCCCGGAUUUGCCGCAGCGCUCGCUGGCGGGUAGGUUUGACAAGAAGCCUUGCCAAGUGUUCAUGAGAUAAGGGUUGGGGAAUUUGUGAGGAGUGAAAAUUUGAGGUGAAUAUGAUUAAUUACUGCGGUAUGGAUUUUGAUUUGGGGUGUUUUAUUCACCCGAGUCCCGCGUUGUUCUAUGGUUUUAUUAGAUAGAUUUUAUUAUGUUUUCAACAAAAACUUGUAUAAUCAGUGUUUUACUAAUUAAAUAAAAUAAAACUAGUUUUAUUUUAA